CAACCCAACUGAUGGCACCACCGAGCAGGAAGAAAGAAGCCACAGGAAGAGGUGUGGAGAGGGCAGGGGGAAAACAGGCUGCUGAACAGAGCUCAGGAACAGAGGACCUGCUGGCCACAGGGCUCUGCCUGCCACGGAUGGAGACACCCAGGGUCCUGUGGGCCCUGCUCCUCUUGCUCCUAUCCUCAAGUGAAGUGAAGUCCACCACUGUGCCAGGAAAAGAAGAGCCAAGAAAUCCCUGCCAGAGCCUCCUCAACAAGCCAGACCCAUCUGAUCUCUACUACUUGAACGACACUUCCCAGUGCUUUGCUGAGUGCAGGCAGGCAGGAAGCAGCUACUUCUGUGCUCCAGGGAACCUGGAGAGGCACUGGCUACAUUAUGAGUCCUACCUGGUGGAAAAUUCACUGGAGACAGUGGACAGACCUUUCGUGAAGUCUUUGGUCCAGAACAUCAGCAUCGACACCUCAGAAGACCUGCUCUUCUCUCUGAAGCCCUGUCAGAUCCCGAGGCAGGUGAUGAAGGAUGAGGACAAGCCCUCUGACAGAGUCCGGCUUCCCAAGAGCUUCUUUGGAUCCCUGCCGGGCAACAGGUCCAUGGUGCGCUUGGCUAUAACUGUUCUGAAAAUCGGUUCGGGGAACAUCUUCAAGGGCCCUAGGCUCCUUCAGGAAGAGGAUGGCAGUGUGCUGAACAACCACGUGGUGGGCUUGAGUGUGGGCCAAGCACCUGUCACUGGGCUGUCAGAUCCUCUGGAGAUCGUCUUCUCCCACCAGCAUUACCCCCCUAACAUGACCCUCACCUGUAUGUUCUGGGAUGUGACUCAAGGGCCCACGGGAGACUGGGCCUCCAGGGGCUGCUCCACCCAGCUGGGAGCCAAGCAGACUGUGUGCAGCUGCAACCACCUGACCUUCUUCGCCCUGCUGCUGAGGCCAAUCUUGGAUAGGGCUACCGUGGAGGUCCUUACACGCAUCUCCCAGGCUGGCUGCGGGGUGUCCAUGAUAUUCCUCAUCUUUGCCAUCAUUCUCUACAUCGCUCUCAGGCUCUCCCUGCAGAGGUUCAAGUCAGAAGAUGCCCCCAAGAUCCACGUGUCCCUGAGCAGCAGCCUGUUCCUCCUGAACCUCACAUUCCUGGUCAGCAUGGGGAGCGGCUUACAGGGGUCCAGUGCCACCUGCUGGGCCCGGGGUGCUGUGUUCCAUUACUGCCUGCUCUGCACCUUCACCUGGAUGGGCCUGGAAGCCUUUCACCUCUACCUACUGUCCAUCAGGGUCUUCAACACCUACUUCAGCCACUACUUCUUGAAGCUGAGCCUCGCGGGCUGGGGCCUACCUGCCUUAGUGGUCAUUGGCACUGGGAGUGCCAACAGCUAUGGCCUUUAUGCCAUCCGUGACCAGGAGAACCGCACAUCUCUGGAGCUGUGUUGGUUCCAGAACGAAUCUGCCCUCUAUGCCACCGUCCAUGGCUACUUCUUCAUCACCUUCCUCUUUGGUGCUGUGGUGCUGGCCCUGGUGGCCUGGAAGAUCUUCACUCUGUCUAGUGCCACAGCGGGCAAGGAGAGAGGACAGAAAUGGAAGGCUGUCCUCACCGUGCUGGGCCUCUCGAGUCUGGUGGGCAUGACCUGGGGGCUGGCCAUCCUCACACCACUAGGCCCAUCCACCAUCUAUAUCUUCGCCUUCUUCAAUUCCCUGCAAGGUGUCUUCAUCUUCUGCUGGUUCACCAUCCUCUAUUUCCCAAGCUGGAGCACCACAUCCUCCUCUGGCACCACUGCCCGCCUGGACCAGGCCCACUCCGUGUCACACGAGUAGGAGGUGCAACCCUGCUCUCAUCAGCUCUGGCUCGCUGUGUGGCAUCAGUGGCUCCCCGCCUUGUUCUAGGCCUCAGUUUCCUUCUCUGUACAUUGUGGCUGCAGAGGGAGGUGACGGGGACCAGGUUGGACCAUGUGGCCUCAAAUGUCCCAGCCAGAUAUGUCUGUGGGCCUGAGAGUCCACAACUUCAGGUUUGUAAGAGACUGAAGUUCCUGUGGCCCCAAGACUCCCACCAACAAAGCGUCGCCAUCCUCCUGUCCUGCCUGCAUAGCACAGCCCUCUGGCUCUCUGCCAUUGCCCACCUUCUGGCCUCAGCAGGGGCCUGAGCCCAGAGAGUGAGUCUGUUUGGCACAGCCCCUUGAAGGAGUCCCCAGCCUUUCCCCCUCCUCUCCCUGUCACAACUCUGCCUUCUGGCUGUCUGUCCCCCUGGAGGGUAUUCAAGAGGUCAUUGACCCCUGGGGCACCAGGAGUUGCAAACUAGAAGUUAGUUUGGGGUUGAUCCUAGUCUCUGCCCAGUCACUAGUGCCCAUCCUCAUGGAAGAAACCCUACCAUUCUGGUGGCUGCCGCCGUCCAGGGGCCUGGGGACAAUGAUUUUCAGAGAUUGCCACCUAGUGUGUGUGCUCCCUGAGGUGUGUGUGUCAACUGACUGCCAGGUGGGUGGCUGGACCUCUGAUCUGCUGUCGUGGGAGGCAGAAGCAAUGGACCCAGAGCCCACACACCCAUCCAUUCAGUGCGUGGGGUCAAGGGGCAAUGGGGAAGAUGCUUGCUGGGCAGAGGGUGGACAUUCCUUUCCCAAGCAGGGACCUGGGCAGCCUCACUUACCACUCCAGCCCAGCCCGAACCCAGAGCUGGCCCAUGUCAAGCCAAAUUGGCACAGUUAUUUCAAUAAAUACUCAUAUUUGCUGGCUAAGCAGAUGGAUGUAUUGUCAGGGCCGUAAAUUAAGCCACACCCAGCUAGGGGGCAUCGCUUCCAGUAGCUGGGCCUCCUUUCCUAACUGCAGACCGUUUCCCAGUAGGAAGCAAAAAGCAGCAGAAACAGUAGAGCUAGAGGAGAGAUGCACAGGAGGGCGGACAGAGACUCGAUGGACAUGGAGAGCGACAGCUGCAGCCAGGAGAGCAUCUGUCCCCUCCCCACAAGCUUUCGUACCCACUCUGGCCUUAGCCUGCUGCCUACC